UUACACUAUUGUAUGAUAAUAGUUUUGUUUGCAUCAUAUUUGCUUGGUUGUUUUCAUUUCAGGCACCAGGCUGUUGCAAAGCAUAUGGUAGCUGUCAGUACAAAUCUUACGCUUGUAGAGAAAUUUGGUAUUGACCCUGCUAAUAAUUUUGCGUUUUGGGACUGGGUAGGAGGCCGUUAUAGUGUUUGCAGUGCUGUUGGUGUGUUACCUUUGUCUCUCCAAUAUGGUUUUCCAGUUGUUCAGAAGUAUGAUUCCAUUGUUUAAUUAACCUUUUUCAUUAGUAAUUCAAAUCUGGGAAGUAUAUUAAUGUUAUUAUUUGUAGUUUUUGCAAGUGGACAUAGUUUUACCAUCAAUACUAAGUUGCUAACUAGAGUUUACCGAUGAGAAUAAAAGUGAUUGGACGUUUGAUCUAUCAGAUAAAGUAAUAGGUUCAAUAUUAGUGAAUUGUACAC